AUGAGCCACGAGGAAGACUACACGACCAAUAUUGAUGAGCAGCUUCUCACUGCCGUUAAGAACCAGGUCAACGGACACGACCUCGAAGAGGCUUCCCGCGUGAAGCUCGAACACAAGAACCAGGAUCUGGAUCAUGCUGCUGAAGCUGCCCAGGCUGCCCAAGCCUUAUAUCAUCAUCAACAACAUCUCCAUGAUGUUGGCGGAGGCGAGUACAACAUCCAGAUUCCGGAGCCCAUCAUUGAUCUGCGGCUGAAGAUAUAUCCGGUGCUGGAAAACACCAUCACCAAUGAGGGAAAUUUGAUCACCAGGCCAUUUCCGGAGCAGAUGUUCCAUACUCGUGAGGAGCUCAACGACUUCAUUGCUGAGUUUGCUCGUGACAACGGAUUCGGUAUUGUGAUUGCUCACUCCAACAGAAAGGCAAUUUACUACACCUGUGAGUUGGGGGGACGCUACCGCCACAAGAAGGGUAAGACAAUUCAGCAGCAACAGGAGGAGGAAGCUGCGGAGCGUGAACUCAAUGAUGCCGGCACCGGCUAUGUCUUGGACUCUCAUGCUCGUACCAAGAAGUUGCGUUGUCCCUUCUCCAUGACGGCAUCGUUCCGUAAAACAAACUCCAUCUGGUCGCUCAGAACAACCUGCAACGAGCACAACCACCCCCAGCUUGAUCCCUUGUCCAACCAUCCUAUGUUGCGCAAGCGCUCGGAUGAGUUGAACUUGCUUAUCUUGGACUUGUAUAAGGUGGGCACGAAGCCGCUGCACAUCGAGGCCAAGAUCAAGCACCAAUUCCCUGACGUCUUGAUCAAACGAGAGGACAUCUAUAAUGAGAUCCGUGGGUACAAGCGGAAGCUUAAGAAACUGAACAAGUAUCUUCCAGCCAGUGUCACGUCUCAGGGUGUCAAAAGACGUCGCAACGCUGCCCUGUAUCACGAGGUUAUGGAUGGCGACGACGACGAUGAGCACGACGAAGUGCUUGGCUACGAGUUGGAAAGACAGCGUCACGAGGAGUUGCAGCGCCAAAUUCAAGCUGCAGAAGAAGCGCACAACUCCCACCAUCACCACCAUCACGAGGACAUUCCUCACUCACUCUCGCAUCACCUGCAUCACUUGGACGAGCAGCAGCUACAGCACUACCAGCAGCAGUUGCAGGAGCACGGUCUUCACGACCAGGACCACAACGACAACACCGCUGCUGCCGCCAUUGCUGCUGUUGCCAACGCUACACAUGGCAACUCCAACAGCGACCUUACCAUCGACAAUAUCGACAGCCGUUUGGUUGGAGACUAG